AUGUUCACAUCUUUGGGUUGUAAUGUUCUGAGGGAACAAACAUUGACCAAUUCUAACAGCCACGAUAGUAUAGUCCAUAUAUUCAUCGACCCAUGCUGUAAAAUUAGUGAGGAAUCUUUUGGAGAAUUGAUAGUCUUCGUUGACCCAACGGGCCGAGAAAUAAAUUACAAAUAUAUGGAGCUCUUUCUAGGUUUACAAGAAGAGAAAGGUCUUCAUCUAGCUACUAAAAUUUAUCAUGGAUCCAGUAAAAAAAAAAAGUAUAUAAAAGCUUUGAAGGUGUCCGAAAUCAUAGACUAUAUUCAAGAUAUUGAAGAUUGUUGUGAUGAGGAGUUGAAUGACAUUGAAGUUGUCAUAUUGGUUCCGGAUGAAGUAGAUGAAAUGACUGACAUAGAUGAAGGUCCUGACGACGAUAUGGGAGUUUUGCCAGUGUCAAAUGUACCUCGUCAAGUGGAAUUUUCGUAUACAAUUGAUAACGACGAGGAAGAUUAUUCUACUCAAACCACAUCUCGGACAAGAAAGACAGUCACUGGGCCUAAGUGCUAA